UCGACAAUUUAAAGCUGGAAAGCAGAAGGAAGCUGUGAUUCUCAAGGGAGUGGCGGUGACGCCUCAUCACCUACAAAUACCACCCCUCCCCCCGCCUCACCUCUUAUCAGCCUUGCUGACUGCCUCUUUCUUGAAGCACAAGCCACACCAUCCCUGCCCUUGUGAUCUCUGCCUCCCAAACCAAGAACACAAGCCCUCUUUGGAUACUGCAUGCUAUCUUUGUUUGAGCUUAACACAUAAUAAACAGAGCCUCUCCGCUUCCAAACUCUGCGGUAAGGAUGUCGGUUGCUGUGGCGCAAAGCUCAUCCGCAACUGCGUUCUACACGGACAACUGCCGCUGGCCGGCGCCUGUGGAGCGACGCAAGAGCGAUGCUGACCCUCCUCCGCCGGUCGAAGAGAGCAGCGACGAUGAGCGGCCCGGGCAAUUCGACAUAUGGAGCGCGAUCCAAUCGCAGAAGGUGGCGGAUGCCGCUCCUGACCAGCCGGCGGCUCCUUAUGUUCAUCCUCUGGUGAGGCGAUCGCCGAGCUUGUUGAGCCAGAGGAGCCUGGAGAUCUGCACGGAAAGCCUCGGCUCCGAGACCGGCUCCGAUGACUUCUCCUCGUCCUUGGAAGACCUCGACUACUAUUAUCCACCCAAGUUUGAGGACGAAGAGAAAGAGGAAGAAAAGAGGAGCCAAGGAGUAGCGGGAAGAGGAGCCAAGGAGCUGUCUUCCGUGAACUUCCGUUGCUGCAGGAGGUCACCGCCGAGGUCGUUCCCCCCGCCGCUCCCGUCGAUCUCACGACGGAACGUGUCUUGCCUCCAUAUGAGGCCUCACCGCCUCGACGGGCGCCUCGUCGUGGAAGCCGUCCCCGUCCCCGCCCCUUCAAAGUGCUACCUUCACGCCCGGCGCGUGGACGGCCGACUCGUCCUCUCCUUCACCGAUUCCACUCAGGCUCCCAAUAAAGUCACACAACCACAACAGCAUGAAGAUGUCGAACAAGAUGCAGAUAUCAAAGAAAAUGAGGCAACGGAAGAAAAGGACGAAGAGUUUGAAGAAAAGAACUGCUGCGAAGAAGAGGAAGAAGAAGAGGAAGUGGAAGUCGUGGACAGGGGAACUAUCGUCGAGGUGAAGGUGAGCACGCAACCCCAGCAACGGACCGGCGCCAUGAAAGUGCACCGUUCCUCGCUCGUCAUUAACAAGUUCGUCAGCGGCACGCCCCUAAGUGGCAUGACCAAAUGCGAGCAACCGACUGAGAACGAUGAGAACGUGAGCACCGUUCCAUCAUCUUCUGCACCCAGGCGUGCAUCGCCAACUACCACAACCACUGCGGCGGUGGCGGUGGCGGCGGCGUCCACGCUGAGUGUCACCACCGAAGGCGACAUUGACUACGGCCAUGGCGGGCUGUGGGUGCCGCUUGGUGGCCACCACCCGCCUGCCGACAACAAGCUGUUGUUUACUUCCAAGCGGCGGAACCGCGGCGAGCUCCUGCACGACAUGAAGAGAUGCAGCCAACUCCGGAGGCCGUUGUUCAUAUGGGAGCCCUGUUGUAUUGCCACAUCCUCUUGAGAGUGCCGACGCAGCUGGCCACGGCGUCGCAUGCGUGGACCCAUCCUAUCCCUUCUAUUGAUGAUUACUAUUCUUACUAUUACUAUUAAGCUAGUAAGCAUGAUUAUUGCAUGCCCUGUAGCCUAACUGUUUGGUUCCCUUUGUACUGUGGUUUAGUGAACCACACCGAUGUCUUUUCCUUUGGCCAACCAGUGAUUGAAUUUAAUAAAGAAAAAAUAUGAGAUUUUUAUG